AUGUUAUUCCUUUUGACAAAUUUGUGCUCACUCAAGAAGCUUCAAGAGUUAGAUCUUCAUGAUAAUCUCUUUGAAGGGAUCCUUCCAACAUGCCUAAACAAUUUGACAUCUCUUAGAUUGUUAGGUAUAUCUACGAAUCGAUUCGUUGGAAACAUCUCUUUAUAUCUGAUAGCCAGCCUCACAUCAUUUGAGUACAUUGAUCUCAGUUAUAACCAAUUUGACGGUCUAUUCCAAUUCAACAUAUUUGCUAAUCAUUCUAAGCUUAAGGUGAUUCUAUUAGCGAGUGAAAACAACCAGCUUGAGAUAGAAACUGAAAUAUCUGCAGGUUGGGACUUCUCAUUUCAGUUAGUGAUACUUGUGCUAUCUAACUGUAAUUUGAACAAGCUCACAGGAAACAUUCCCAAGCUUCUCCUUGACCAGCGCGAAUUGGAAAUAAUUGAUUUGUCUCACAAUAACUUGAAUGAAAGCUUCCCUAUUUGGUUGAUUGAAAACAACACAAGACUACGAGAGCUAUAUCUUCAGAAUAAUUCUUUCAUGUGUAAAUUUCAUUUGCCACCAAAUCGAUGCAAGAGUAUUCUGUAUAUGGAUGUCUCUGACAAUCACUUAGGUGGGCAACUUCAAGAGAAUAUUGGAAAGAUAACUCCGAACUUAAAAUAUCUAAAUCUAUCUCGAAAUCAUUUUGAAGGUUAUCCUCCAUCCUCAAUUGUUCACAAGAGUCAUUUGCACCAGGAUUUGGACUUGUCCUUUAAUUUGGACUUGUCCUUUAAUGAUUUCUCGGGAAAGGUACCAACAAAAUUGAUUGCUAGGCGCACCAACUUGAUUAGUUUGAAGUUAUGCAAUAAUCAGUUCACAGGAUUUGAUCUACCAGCUGCACCUUCUAAAGAGUUUGGAUGGUCUGAAAUGGGGUUUUUGGAUAUUAGCAACAAUAAAUUGUCAGGAAUGAUUCCUAGAUGGAUAGGAAACAUGACAAGUUAG